GCGGCGACGCGAGCCACAAAGCCGUCGACCACCGCAACAACAAAAUAUCCUCCUCCCGACGCAAACCGGUUGCAAGGCAGGCAGCAGCGACCAGACGAAGCAGAGAGAGCGCCCGCGCCGCGCCGGCCAUGGCUGCCGCCGUGACCACCACCACCACCGCCACAACCACCCAUCUCUGCCGUGGCCUCUCCUCCUCCUCCGCCGCCGCCGCCAAGCCGCGGCGAGCGACGACGCUCAGAUGCGGCGCCGCUGCUCGGGUGGAAGGGCUGGGGCGGAGGGAGGCGUUGCUCGGCGUGCUCCUCUCCACGGCGACGGCGGCGUCCGCGCCCGUCGCCGCCGUGGCCGCGACCGCCGAGUUGCAGGAGGGGUUCCGCACGUACGAGGAUGAGGCCAACAAGUUCAGCAUCGCCAUUCCACAAGACUGGCUGAUCGGCGCCGGCGAGGUCAGCGGCUUCAAGUCCGUCACGGCGUUCUACCCUGACCAAGUCGCCGACUCCAAUGUCAGCGUAGCCAUCACCGGAAUCGGCCCCGAUUUCACCAGCCUCAAGUCGUUCGGCGACGUCGACGCCUUCGCAGAGACCCUGGUGAACGGCCUGGACAGGAGCUGGAAACGGCCGCCGGGGGUCGCCGCGAAGCUCAUCAACUCCAGGGCAGCCAACGGGUUUUACUACAUCGAGUACACGCUGCAGAACCCCGGCGAGCAGCGCCGGCACAUUGUCUCGGCCAUCGGGAUGGCGUUCAACGGCUGGUACAACCGGCUCUACACGGUGACAGGCCAGUACAUCGAUGAGGACGGGGAUGUAGACAAGUACAGGGCUCAGAUAGAGAAGUGUGUUCAGUCAUUCAGGUUCACAUGAAAGAGGAGCAUCCUACACAACAUCCAACAAGGCGAGGACGAAAAACAUUUUGUAAACCAACGUAUUUCGUUAUAAUUGUAAAUCAAUCAGUAUAUUCAUGUCAUCAGUUCAACCAACUAAAUGUACACCAAUUGUUCCGAGAUUUUGACGAUGCGGCCUUGCCGAGGCCAACAUGAGCUAAUUAUGUUGUGGCAAGUCAUAAGCAUUGUUUUCUAUGCAUUUUUAAGGGAGAAAAAACAGGUGUAUUUGUUAGAUUUCAGGCGGCCAAAAUUUUGUAAAAUUUCAAUCACCCAAAGUUGCACAUUGCUAUAUUUUAGUUCAUUUUAACAUCCCAGUUUAAA